UGGUGGUGAUCAGGCAUCACCAGGGGUGGGCACCCUCCCAAAAACCACCACUGGCCCCCGACACUUUGGGCGGCCCCAGCCCCAUCCUACCACAGCAUCCAGAAGGAGCAAAGAUUGGCGAAGAGUGGAAAAACCCCAAAGCGACGGUGAACCCGCUGCCCCCGCAGCUGUUGUGUGCACAGGAGCUUUCGUGCCUCUGGGUCGUGACAAGUUCCUUGACAGAGCGGGCGGUGGUGGGGCUCGCCCCAGGCUCCUGGCCCAGCCAGAGCUUGUCAGCCUGUGGUUUCUGGAGCAAAGACAAAGGGAAACACCUCUCUGCCGGCGUAUUGCCAUGCUCAGCAACAUCACCAUCCUUGCCAGAUGGGAAACCCACCCUGCAACCUUCGGCUGCGCUGAGCCCUUGUUUAGGGAGGCUGGAGAAAACCAGUCCCCGUCCAACUAGUGGCAAGGGUUUGCUUUGGAGACCCAAAUUCGCCAGGUACAUUCUGUUUCCAGCCUGUUCUUGACUUUUGUGCUGGGAUAGAGUUAAUUUUCUUCAUAGUAGCUAGUGUGAGGCUUGUUCAAAUUUGAGUUUGUGCUGAAAACACAGUGUUGAUAACACAGGGAUAUUUUAGUUACUGCUGAGCAGGACUUGCACAGGGUCAAGGCCUUUUCUGCCCCUCACCCCACCCCACCCGCGAGCAGGCUGGGGGUGCACAAGGAGCUGGGAGGGGGCACAGCCGGGAGAGCUGACCCCAACUGACCAAAGGGACAUCCCACACCAUAUGGCGUCAUGCUCAGCAUACACAGCUGGGGGAAGAAGGAGGAAGGGGGGGACAUUCAGCUAGGGUUAAACCAUGACAAGUUUCCAAUAUUGCAGCUGUUUGGCAAGGUAGUCUUGUGGGGUUGUUUCGUCCCCAGACAGAUGCAACCCAGAUCCAGCUCAUAAAGGGCAGCGGCACUAUGAGGAGAGCUCUCCCACAGAAAGAAACCCUUUCCACAUAUUUAUUGAGAUGCCGAUGGAGAUCUCUGAGCGUCCGCAGCUCCUGGCUUUGUCUGCAGGAUUUGUUGCAAACAAGCAAGCUGCACCCCCUGUCCAGCUGCCAUCUCUUCUGCCCUCCCCACUCCUCCUGGUUCAUGUUCGCUGGUGGGAAGCAGGCGGAGGGUGAAGCGGUGAUUCUUCCCCCUGCCAUCUGUAUCUUUACGGGGUGGGAGGGGGUGCUGAGCACGGCACAGCUCACCACAGCCCCAGGCGCCUCCCUGUGCCUCUGUCUUCCACCCAGGGAAGGGAAAAUAACAAAUCCCCCACCCCCCAGGCUGUGGGCAAAGGUUUGCCUCCUCCCUGCUGGAGCGCUCAACGAAGAGGCAGGGGAUGAGGUGGUCCUGUGAUGCUCCCGCUGCCUGUCAGCCCCCCGCACGCAUCCCCGUCCCCAGCAGGAUGGCUGAUGCAGACACCUACCUGCGGCAGCCCUGGCGCACGGUGCACGGCAUCCCCAUGGUCUGUGCCUUCGCCCAGGAGUGGGAGCGGAUUGACACCUUCCAGAGCCGUCCUGAGGACAUCAUGGUGGUCACCUUCCCCAAAUCCGGCACUACGUGGGUCAGUGAGAUCGUGGACAUGAUCCUGAAAGGUGGUGACCCUGACAAAUGCAAGCAGGAUGCCAUCAUCAACCGGGUGCCCAUGCUGGAGUUUGCUGUACCCGGGAAGAUGCCAGCAGGCACGAGGCAGCUGGAGGCCAUGGCAUCACCUCGCAUCAUCAAGACCCACAUCCCAGCUCACAUCUUGCCCAAAUCCUUCUGGGAAAACCGCUGCAAGAUGAUAUAUAUGGGGCGCAAUGCCAAGGAUGUGGCUGUCUCCUACUACCACUUUGACCUGAUGAACAAGCUGCACCCACACCCUGGGACAUGGGCCCAGUACCUGGAGAAGUUCAUGGCUGGCAGGGUGGCAUAUGGCUCCUGGUACAACCAUGUCAAGGACUACUGGGAGCGGAGGAAGGAUCACCCCAUCCUCUACCUCUUCUACGAGGACUUAAAGGAGGACCUCCGCCGGGAGAUUGCCAAGGUGGCCCGGUUCCUGGGACGGGAGCUGCCGGAGGCAGCGCUGGACGCUAUCACCCAACACACCUCCUUCGAGGCCAUGCGGGACAACCCCACCACCAACUACAGCAUGGUGCCCUCCCACCUCAUGGACCAGGGCAUCUCCCCCUUCAUGCGCAAAGGCACCACUGGAGACUGGAAGAACCACUUCACUGUGGCCCAGAGCGAGCGCUUUGACCAGGACUAUGUGCAGAAGAUGUCGGGUACCGACCUGCGCUUCCGCACCCAGAUCUGAGGAGGCACCACUGAACAGCCCCCAAAUCCGGCAUAUGCCAAUGGCACUGCUGCUGCACCCGCGACUCCUUCCCCUCUCCUGGCACUGCUGAAGAGAAAUAAAAUGCCCUCCCUGAUCCCCCA